CUGAAAUUGCCGUUCUGAGGCUAUGAUUAUCAGGUACAUUGGCUAUCCGGAGACGGGAUGCAAAAGUACGACGGGAGGGGAACUCUCAGUUUCAUAUUUGAGGGUGUGCCGUCGCCGUGUCUGGAGCACAUUAUUGUUCUCCCUUGCUAUCGCGUACCUCAAGAUGGCCGGCACCCAUGCUGAAACUCCCGAAAACCCUCCUCAAGAGUAUAACGUCGACCCCCUCUUGAGGCUCUUGAGAACGACGAUUAUGAUUCCACCUAUGCCGAGUCUGUCAGCGAUGCCAGUUACACAAGCUCCAUAACGUCGAGUGUUAUGAACUACAAAUACGAAAAUGGCCGCCGGUACCACUCCUUCCAUGAAGGCGAAUAUUUCCUGCCAAAUGAUGAAACAGAGCAGGACAGGCUGGACCUGAGCCACCAUGUCUAUCGACUGUUGCUCGGUGGUGAACUGCAGCUGGCACCUAUCCGGGAUCCCAAGAGAAUACUGGAUAUUGGAACUGGUACUGGGAUCUGGGCCAUUGAUUUUGCCGAUCAACAUCCUGAUGCCGAAGUCAUCGGAAAUGACCUGAGCGUUAUUCAACCAACCUGGCUCCCACCUAAUUGCCGAUUUGAAAUCGAUGACUUUGAACAGCCGUGGGAAUACUCCCGUCCAUUUGAUUUUAUCCAUGGUCGGGAGCUUGAAGGCUCCAUUCAAGAUCAUGAUAGGCUUUUCCAGCAAGCUUUCAACAACUUGACUCCUGGCGGCUAUUUUGAAUUGGCAACUAUACAGAUAACUACUACUUCAGAUGAUGGUACACAUCUAAAAGCCGAAAAGUUCCUUCGGCUAUGUGAGCUAUGUCAUGAGGCUUCUAGAAGGUUUGGGAAAUCUUUGAAUACUGUUACAACAUGGAAGGAGAAGAUGAUACAGGCUGGAUUUGAGGAUGUCCAUGAGCAAAAGUUCAAGCUCCCUCAGAGUUCCUGGGAAAAGGACCCCAAGCUGAAUGAACUUGGCCGUAAUCAUCAAGUCAACGUGUUGGAAAGUCUUGGUCCAUACUCAUAUGCCCUCUUUACCCGUAUCUUGGGUUGGUCAAGGAGUGAAAUUGAAGUCUUUCUCAUGGGCGUACGGAAGGAGGUGAAGGACCUGUCAAAUCAUUUAUAUACAAAUGCGUGGUUUGUAUAUGGGCGAAAGCCAAGCGCGUGAUUUCUUAUGGUUUUUGUCGGCAUGAAUCAUCACAUCUCGAGUACCCAGGAUAGGUCGUAUGGAAAUAUUUGCUUGCAUUCAUACCAAUCGUAAUCCCAAGUCCGAACAUCUGUGUUAACGGCG